ACCAAUCUUGCCAGCCCCUCCACUUUUUUUAAAAUUUUUUCAGCUCAAGAAACAACCUUUUUCUGUAUGUAGCAAGCCCUUUGUUAAGAGUUAUCUUUGUUUCUUCAGACAAAAUCCCUCUUUCUCCAAAUACAAAGAUGGCUGUGGUUCAAAUGUCUUAAGUCCUAGCAAAAGUUCAUAAAAAACCAAAUCUUGCCAGCCCCACCACUUUUUUUUUUCAAAAUUUUCACUUCAACAGACAACCUUUUUCUGUAUGUAGCAAGCCCUUUGUUUAGGGGAGAGAGACAAAAAAAUGGGAUGCGUAGCAUCAAGGCUACAAGAAGAAGAAGAGGUAGUCUCAAUUUGUAGAGAGAGAAAGAAGCAGCUCAAGCUGGCUGUAGAGAGAAGGUAUGCUCUAGCGGAUGCUCACUACAGAUACUGCAAAUCUCUCUCUGGUGUCUCAGCAGCCAUAAAUCUCUUUGUCACACGCCAUUCUUCACCAAAUGCACCUUACUGUAUCGCAUUCCCGCCUCACUCUCCCACAAAAGAGAAAAAGGUUGCUUCAAACCCUCUAUUUCUCCAGCAAAAACCCUCUGAGCCCACAAAGGAGACCAUUGCAUGUGAGUCUUGCAGUUCCUCAAUCAGCUCUGUUUCUUGUGAGGAGGAGAGAGAGGGAAUGAGAGAGAAACAAGAAGAAGGGAACAUCUGUGGCUACUUCUACAUGGACAUGCCUCAGCCUCAGCUUCAAACAACAAUGGCUUCACCACAGGGAGAUUUUGGGUGGGAUUUCUUCAACCCUUUCAACAAUGUGGUAAGGCCAGAAAUGAUUCAUGCCUACAACAGGAUGUCUGAGGAGGAGGUGAGGGCUCUGAGGGAGCAAGAGGGCAUCCCUGACCUUGAGGAUGAAGACGGAGAGAGAGGAGGGGAAACAGCCAGCGUGAAAGAGAAUGGGGGUGAAAUUGAGGCUGUGAAGGGUGUGGAGAGAGAGAGAGGACUGAGUGUUGUGGAUAAUCACAAACCUGUUGAAGGGAGAGAGCUGUUGGAAGCUUUGAAUGAUAUUGAAGAUCAUUUCAUGGUGGCUUAUGAUUCUGGUAAGGAUGUUUCUAGAAUGCUGGAAUGCAACAUGGUGCAUUUGCAAUCCAAUAUUGACGAGAUAAAAGAAAACUCAACAAAGUUGAUCCAAGCCAUCACGUGGAGGUCUGCUUCUUCACGCUCAUCGUCUUGCAAGAGUUUGGUCGCGUCUAGUUCCAAGAGUUCCUCGACAUGGACAGAGUUCAGCAACGAUCUCUUUGAUGAAUAUGGAGGCAUGACUUCAGGAAGCCACUCACUCACCUUAGGAAGGCUCUAUGCCUGGGAAAAGAAACUAUACAACGAAGUUAAGAAUGGAGACAGCAUACGCAAACUCUACGAGAAGAAGUGCAACCAGCUUCAAAAUCAAGACGUUAGAGGAGACGAAGGGUUCACAGUCUACAAGAGCAGAGCAGCAGUCAAAGAUCUCUACAGCAGGAUCCUGGUGGCCAUUCGCAGUGCUGAAACGAUCUCUAAACAGAUCGAGAAGCUGAUAGAGGAAGAGCUAGAGCCACAGAUACGAGAGCUACUUCAAGGUAUGACAGCAACAUGGAAAAUCAUGUUGGAGUCUCAUGAAAUCCAGCGCAAGAUCAUAUUUGAAGUGGCUAUCUUUUCAUGCCCCUCAUAUGGGAAGUUCUGCAACGAGACUCACCGCCUCGCGACGCUCCAGCUCGAGACCGAGCUAAGGAACUGGCGCUCGUGCUUCACGGAGUAUGUAUUCACCCAGAAGAGUUACGUAGAGGCCCUCUUUGGGUGGCUAUCCAAGUUCGUUGCCCCCGAAGUCGAGUUCUACUCGAGAGGCCGAGCAUCCGCAGUGCCAUGCCGUCUGAAUGGACCCCCAGUGCUCGUGCUCUGCCAUGAUUGGCUAGAGUUGAUGAACAAUCUGCCAGAGAAGGCGGUCUCUGUCGCAAUCCAGGGCUGCUCGAAGGAUGUGAGAGCUCUGUGGCUUCAGCAAGGAGAGGAGCUGCAGCAGAAGAGGAAAGUGGAUAGUCUAUCCAAGGAGUUGGAUAGGAAGACCUCAGCCUUCCAUAAGGCCGAGAACCGGAUGCUCGAGCUCCAGUCGAGCAAUGCUAGCGCAGCAGAGGCGGGCCCGCUCAUCGAGGGCAUGGACACACUGGACAGCCUUCGGAGACGGGUGGAUUUGGAGAAGGAGAAGCACCAGAAGCUCAUGCAAGAGACUGAGAGGAUGACGUUGAAUGGUUUUCAGACAGGUUUUUGUAGGGUUUUUGAGAGUAUGACAGAAUUCUCAAGGGCUACAUUGGAAAUGUAUAACGAGUUGAUGGAGGUAGAGAAGAAAGGUGGAGUGCUUGUUUAGAUGCUUAUUGUUGUUUGUUUGUAGGUUUGCAUAUUUGAAGAUUCUGUCGAAGCAACUCGCUGAGACAUUGUUCCUUCAUGAAUUUUUUGUCUUGGUCAAAUGUUGCCCACACACUGCUUCAUCUCGUAUUUAAAUGGUUUCUUUAUGUCUUUAUUCA